AUGCUAACACCCUUCUCUCGGGAGCGUAAGGUGGACUACUCGGAAUAUGUCCGGCAUCUCAUCAAGCAUGAGAGCGGUCGUUUCGCGAGCCAUCCUCGAUUUCGCUUCCUCGCAUUUAACACUAUCAUGCGGCGGCAGGCGUCUAAAAAGUCUGGCUUCUAUGUACGUCGCCGUCACCGACAGGCCGAAGCGGAACUUGAUCCUCGUGAGUUGCUGGACCUUAUCCAGUCCGAUACGCCUGAGGCUGACGCUUUGAUACGCUCAAUCGCGGCCUUUGGUUCCUCUCUCCGUGGCACGCGGCCGUAUUGGUUCUCCCAACGUAGGGAGCCACAGGCCAUGGUGAAGGGCCUUGGCGCCGGACACAUCUUCUUGACACAGUCAGCAGCAGAUUUGCACUGGCCUGAUUUGAUGCGCCACCUACCGCGGUAUCAGGAGUGGGUGCAGGCUGACGCGAAUCAACGAGCCCGUAUCGCCCGCGAGAACCUGCGCGACAAUCCGCAUAUCGCUGCCUAUUGGUUUGACUUCCGCUGGAGGACGUUCCUGAACACGGUACUCAAGGAGAAGCUGAAUGUGUCGGAUUACUGGAGCCGAUAUGAGUGGCAAGAUAGGGGCUCUACGCACGCCCACAGCAUUCUCUGGGUCGAGUCGGCGCCUGAUGGCGAUCGUCUGCUGACCUCCGAGCUACGUGGGGCACCCUCAAUGAGAAGCAGUGCCAUGUGUACAGUCUGGUGUGUUGAUCCCCCCGACCAACUCCUCAUCAACCUUGAUGGGAAGGCCGGGACCGGAAAAUCCCAUGUCAUUGGGGUCAUCUAUAGUGUCCUGCAGGACCUGACCAAUGAAGCCGGCAUCACAACCACGCCGAUCUUACGUGCUGCGCCUACAGGCGUCGCGGCGCAUGCCAUCGCGGGUUUCACGCUGCACCGCCUCUUUCGGUUGCCUGUCCCGCUCACGGCCGGAUACCAGGAGCUACCGGCCACGACAGUGAGGGACCUGCAAGAGCUCUUUGCUGGUGUCCGGUACCUGAUUAUCGAUGAAAAAUCAUUUGACGGGAGAAGAAUCCCAAAGGAAUCACUAAUUCUACAUUUUCUCGACAACCAACGCAAGUAUCGAAAAUCAGGCUCGACGGAUUCUAGAUAUUGA